GGGCUAAAAACUCAACAUGGCGGCUAAUCAGCGUACCACGGGCUGGCCAAAGUACCGAAACGACCGGUUAGACAGCAACCCUGGGUCCAUUAAGAAUGAUACUUCAAAUUACGUACCAAGAGAAAGAACAGCUGUCCUCUACCCACUCACAAAUUACACAUUUGGCACCAAGGAGCCACUGUACGAGAAGGACGCGUCGGUGUCUGCUCGAUUCCAGCGCAUGAGAGAGGACUUUGAGAAGAUAGGCACCCGUCGGUCAGUGGAGGGUGUGCUAAUUGUUCACGAGCAUGGCCUGCCCCAUGUGCUUCUCCUGCAACUCGGAACAACAUUCUUCAAACUGCCUGGAGGGGAGUUGAAUGCUGGCGAGGAUGAAGUGGAGGGACUGAAGAGACUCAUGACUGAGAUUCUAGGGAGGCAGGAUGGUAUUCAGCAGGAAUGGAUGGUAGAGGAUGUCAUAGCCAACUGGUACAGACCCAACUUUGAGCCCCCUCAGUAUCCGUAUAUUCCAGCCCACAUCACAAAACCAAAGGAACACAAAAGACUGUAUUUUGUUCAGCUUCAAGAAAAAGCCUUGUUUGCCGUUCCCAGAAAUUACAAGCUGGUUGCCGCCCCCUUGUUUGAGCUGUAUGACAACGCGCCAGGCUAUGGGCCAAUCAUCUCCAGCUUACCACAGUUAUUAAGCAGAUUCAACUUCAAUUACCAUUGAGGCCGCUGGUGAGGGAGGGCAAGGUUGAUGCACAGACCUUGGUACGCUCAAAGUCCUGCAUGGAAGUGGAAUUCUCCAGGCCACGACCAAUUUCACAAAGCAGCUUAGCUGGGAAAUUUGUUGAGCACAGAAAAUAUUUCCUAGCGGCAACAGGUUACCGGCCAAAAAAUCACAGCAUCUGUAUCACGUCCGACUGGUGCUCUGCUAACUUUGGCUUGACACUUGCUCAGCAAGUUUUUUCAUUGAGCCGCUCUGUGAAAUUGGGUCCAGUUUCUAAACCAAUGAAGGAGGACUGUGAAAAGUUGGUUUACACGUUUAUUUUUUAGCAUCGUGGUCAAUUGUCAUCGCCCUGAAACGUUUGUAUCACUGUUACUUGUACAUUUGGACCCUCUGUCAACUUAGACAAAUUGAAAUUGCCCAACAUGGUUCAUCGCUGGGCAGUCAGUGGCCUAGGUAAUUCCUAGCUUUUGCGUAAGAUGGCGGAAGACUUUGAGCUUGUUUGGGGACAAUCAGAGUUAACUUUCCCAAGAGGCUAUGAGAUAUUGAUCUUUAUACCUCACACCAGAGGCAAUGUUACUGUGUGACAGACACUCGUGGGUUCAUCAUCAUUGAGCUUGAGUCACAGAAUUACUUCUGAAAAUAAUCUCCAAGUCAAGGGAUUAGCAUCAGUCUUCACUGGUGUCUGAUCAUCCAUGAGGUUGGAAAUUUAUGAGAAGCAUGAUAGAUAGGACUACCAAAACAAGUUCUCUAGUGCAUGUAAGAAGCAUUUCAGGACUUUUCAACUUCGGAGCUUUUGUAGCUUGUGUGCACAGCACUGAAAAUAUGGAAUUUCAGUUUCUUUUGUGGCAGAAUCACCCUUUUUUGUUUACAUAUGGUUGGAACAGUCCUUUCUGUCAUGCUGAUGACACCAGGGCUCAGUCUUCGGCUGAGUGAUUGGAGUGGCUAGCUAGUGCUUUCCAUUGAGUACUAUCCCAAGUCAAACAUCUGGGGCAGCCCGUGUCAAAUCUGACCUGGCCACAAAUUUGCCACGGGUAGAGUGCCAAGUAAUAAGGAGCUUGUAUUAACCUCAGACGACUUUCUGGGACGUUCCUCUCCAAUCAGGGGUUUUUAUUCUCUCUAAAGAUCUUUGGCUUCCCUCAAGUUGUUUGUCUCACGAUAAAGGCCUCAGUUGAGGUUAUGGGAUGAUACUUUGGAAAUGAACUCGGGGAACGCAAGUGAACUGAAAAAAUUAAUUCAGGUGGUAUUUUGUCGGUUUGGUUUUAUUUGAAACAUUUGGCCAAUUGGCUUCUUUUUAAUGAUUCCUUGUCUUACAGGAGAUGUAGCUUUUUGUAUGAUGUCGUUUGUACAGUAGUCUAGAUGUAGCUGCUACCAGAACUGUUUGGUUGGUCGGUGGAGUUUCACAGGAAGCCAUGUUUGAGGAUGAUUGCUUGAACCCACAGUGUAGUCUGAGCUUGAGGAACUCCAUCGUUACUAAUGUACAGUGGGGCACAUCAUCCUCCAGCACAGCUGCCUGUGAAAACUCUUCAUCAUGUGACAAGCAAGUGUUGUGAAUUCAGAAGAGCUGACUGUUGUUCACGUUACAUGCAUGUAGUGCAACACGUCUGGACCUUGCCACAGUUGGUGUCACGGAGAGACCAAGUUGGUAUUUGAUUGGGCGCUUAGACAGUCUUGCUUUGUAUUACACCAAUCAGGUCCCUGUAAAUAUUAAUAACCUGGGCAGUUCCAAGGCCGUCACACGAUGGUGAUCCUAAGAUUUUCAGACACAGACUCCACAUUCCAAAUUGGUUGAUGAAUGUCUUCAUUCUCUUUCUGCCAAUCCAAAAAAGGGCGUCUCGUUCACCAGUUCUUGUUUUUUUCUGACAUUUGAUAUGAACGACUCUGCUCACGAAAUGCCCAUCUUUUAAUAUAAUGGAGAGUAACAUGCCAUCAUACCCAACAUGUAGACAUUAAAACGAAUUCAAAUUGAGACCUUUUGUGCUUGUCCUGCAGUUUUGUUUGUACAGUAUAACUUCUGACUUUUUUCUGACGGUUUGAUAUACACGACUCUGCUCACGAAAUGAAGACCAUCGUUUAAUGUCAUGGAGAGUAACAUACCAUCAUACUCAAUAUUUAGCAAUUAAAAGAAAUUCAUGUUGA